AUGUUGUCGUCUCUUGAAUUAUUUAAAGUAAUUUGUUUACUUUGGAUUGUAAUAUGCAAUGCAGUGAAAUCAGAAGACAAAAACUGUGUAGAAGAGGACCAUAGAAGCAAACGUCAAUUGAACGGGUUGCCAUUGGUGUACCCUUAUGGAGGACUUUAUAAGCUCAUUCUGGGCAUUGGAGUGCCAAUAAAAUCGGAACCAUACAUAAACCUGGCAUUCGCAGCUAACUUCCAAUACCAAUAUACGCAAUUCCAAAACAUAAGUCAGCUCUCGCAGUACUAUUUCAUCAAGGAGGUCUCUAGAGAAGAAAGAGAAGCGGAGUCGAGAAGUCGUAAGAAUGAAAGAUUGACCUUUUAUAAGGCUAUGAUCGGUUUGUUGGAAAUUAACGGUAUGAAUGGUCACGACUGCGUGUUGAGAGCUAUUUGUGAAGCUGCGCAAUAUCCAGUCGAAGAGGAGGGACUCUUUGGUGAAAUAAUCCAUAUUUUGUUAACUCCGGACUACGGCCGGUCAUUAUUUGAAGAAGACCUAUACGAGGAAAAUGCUAUGGCUGAAUACAAUGACGCUGCGACGGCCGGGAGACAGAUGUUCCACUGUCCAUCUAUUUACGAAGGUUGUCCUGAAGGGCAAGGGUUCUUUGAACUGAUAACUAAACUUGUCGAUGAGGCGUAUUAA